GUCCCGCGGUGCAUUGUGGGAAUGUUGUCCUCUCUCUGUCUCUCUCAGGUGUCAUUGCUGUGAGCCGGUUAGCUGUUAUAAAGGUUAUUAUAAUAUUAUUGCUGUUGGUUAUAAUUUAGAGAGAGUGCGUGUGUGUUAGUGAUGUCGGGCUACACGGCGGAGGAGAAGCUCCGGGUGCAGCAGUUAGCGGCACUGCGGCGGCGCUGGCUAAGGGAGCAGGAACUGAGCCCGCGCGAGCCGUUAGUCAAACCCGCGGCUCCGGGGCGCGUGCAGGCCUUCUGGAGCUCUUUCCUCCAGCCGCAGAGUCUAUGGAGGAUCUACGCAUUUAAGGCAUAUAAUGCAGGUGCAUUUGCUCUGACACGUGUCCUCAUUCCUGCCUGGGUCGUUCACUACUACGUCAAAUAUCACCUCAGUAAAAAGCCAUACAGUGUGGUGGAGUUGAAGCCCAGACUGUUCCCUGGUGACACCAUUCUGGAGACGGGGGAGGUGGUGCCUGAACUGCCAGAGACCCAUGCCCACCACUGAGCAGCUCACCUGUGACAAGAACACACCUGUACAUACUUCUGUAUCUGAUAAUAAAGAGCUUUACGCACACUU